ACUGGCGCCCGAGUGCGGCGGAGGGGAGGGAAGGAGGGAAGGAGCCAGCCAGGGGGGCCCGCGCUGGGGAGCCGCAUGGAGCCCUCCGCAGACAGGCUAGCCACGGCCGCAGCCCGGGGCCAGGCUGACGAGGUGCGGGCGCUGCUCGCGGCUGGGGUGCAGCCCAACGCUCUGAACCGCCAGGGUCGGAGCCCGAUUCAGGUCAUGAUGAUGGGCAGCACCCGGGUGGCCGAGCUGCUGCUGCUCCACGGCGCCGAUCCCAACUGCGCGGACCCCGUCACUCUCACCCGACCUGUGCACGACGCGGCCUGGGAGGGCUUCCUGGACACGCUCGUCGUGUUGCACCGAGCCGGGGCGCGGCUGGACGUGCGAGAUGCCUGGGGCCGCCUGCCCGUGGACCUGGCUGAGGAGCGGGGCCACCGCGCUGUCGCCCAGUACCUGGGCGCAGCUGCGGGGGCCACCGAAGGUGGUAGCCACUCCCAUACGGAGGUUACGGAAGGUCCUGCAGACAGCCAGGACUUCAAGAAUGAUUGAGAUCUAAAGACACCUCAAAAACGGUCUGAUCUUCAAUCAAUCAAAGUGAAUUAUCCCACCCCACCCUUGCUGGCUUUAAUUGGCAUUUAUCAAAUAAAGCUUUUUAAACUGUA